AUGGCAUAUAAAUUAUGGCAUAUAAAUUACAACAUAUACAUUAUGAUGACAGGUCGGGGACUGGCGGGAACCACGCACUGUUUUAAUAUCACUCACUCCUGCUCUUCUGAUGAAAGGUACGACGGGAGGGAGUCACAAGAGAAGGAUAGUGUGAGAGCAGAAUCCCUGAUGAGUACCUCCCGCGGUACCGCCACUCUCACUCUGGCCAGGAUCACUCUCCUCCACGCUGGCAUCUACGAGUGUCGUGUCGAGUUCUUCCGCUCUCCCACACACACCAGCCUCGUCAACCUCACCGUCGUCGAGACGCCGCGGAAUGUGGAGGUGUUAGACAGGAGGUCGGGACCUCCCAAACACGGGGUCCUGGGACCCUACCAGGAGGGAAUGAUGGUGAUCUUCACCUGCCUCGCCAGAGAUGGCUGGCCGCUGCCCAACGUGACGUGGUGGCGGGGCAAGAAGAUGCUGGAUGGAGGCUGGGAGGUGUCUGGGCCCAGUUUGGUGCGCAACGACCUGGUGGUGUCACGACUGAGCCGGGACUGGCACAACGACACCCUCACCUGCAUCGCUUCCAACACGCACCUGGUGCCACCUAUAUCAGUGUCCACCAUAAUCCACAUGUACUUAUUACCAACGAGUGUGAUCAUCAGUGGACCAGCCGUAGCCAGAGAGGGGGAGCACUUGCGUCUCCGCUGUACCUCGCGAGGCUCCAGACCCUCUGCCCUCCUCACCUGGAUGAUGCGAGACUCCCCUGUACCUGCGGAGAAGGAGAACACGGUGUAUGGGAGGGUCACCAGUUCCACACUGCUGAUCAACGUUACUCGGGAGGACAACAGUGCCAAAGUGACGUGCAGGGCUGCCAACCCAGCCAUGCCAGGCUCUCCCAUUACCAACACAACUAAGCUCAAUGUUCACUAUCCUCCCUCGGUACACGCCUCCCUGGGCCGCUCACUUCAGCCAGGGAUGCUGAAGGAAGGAGACGAUGUAUAUUUUACUUGUUCUGUUGAUGCUAACCCUCCAGCCACCUCUAUCAACUGGUACCACGAGGGAGGUUCGCAGGUGCAGAACGUGACAGCUGGCAUCAUAAUCUCUGGAGAUUCUCUGGUGAUACAACGAGCGCACAGAAGUCGUAGCGGCAAGUACAGCUGCCUAGCCACCAACACACUGGCUACCGUCGCCAGCAACCCCGUCACUCUCAGGAUCAGAUAUGCGCCGGAGUGUAGCACCUCUCCCACCACCUACUUUAUAUACGACCGACCCAUCAAGGUGACGUGCACAGUCUCCUCGUUUCCUCCAGUCACUGCCAUACAGUGGCAGUGGAACAGCAGUGUGGAGGUGCUGCGCACCACUGCAGUCAUCCACUACCUGGACCAGGCUACGGCCUACCUCCAUGUUUAUCCCAAGCAUGAGCAAGAGGACCGAGCCCUCUCCUGCUGGGCCAUCAAUCAGAUGGGCAUCCAGCAGAAGCCCUGUGCCUUUUCUGUCAAAGUAGCAAAGAUGCCCCUCCCGUUGUCGUCUUGCGGUCUGGCUAACAUCACCGCCUCCUCUCUUAGUCUUACUUGCCAGAGGCCCCACACCCCAGCCUUCGGCACCGCACUCUACAGAGCAGAGAAUAUAAAUCAAGUGAUCAUGGACUGCUAUAGUCCCAAUAUAAAUCAAGUGAUCAUGGACUGCUAUAGUCCCGAUAUAAAUCAAGUGAUCAUGGACUGCUAUAGUCCCGAUAUAAAUCAAGUGAUCAUGGACUGCUAUAGUCCCGAUAUAAAUAAAGUAAUCAUGGACUGCUAUAGUCCCGAUAUAAAUCAAGUGAUCAUGGACUGCUAUAGUCCCGAUAUAAAUCAAGUGAUCAUGGACUGCUAUAGUCCCGAUAUAAAUCAAGUGAUCAUGGACUGCUUAUAG